AACUGGCCAAUAGGAUUCAUCCCUAUCGGUUUCACGAAUACAUUAGCAAAGUUUCUGUACUUAGAUUCAGAAUCUGAAGUCAGGUGGAUGUGUAAUGCAGCAAUGGCAAUAAUUAAAGGCAUGACCACACCAGUGGAUGUGAUGUCCAUACAGGAUUCUGAAGGAAGGUCGGUGUAUGGAUUGUCCAAGUUGGAAUGGGGCGAAUACAGAAAUGUACGAGAUAGAAUUCCCAAGUAUUGGUACUUAGGACCACUAAAGUCCAAAUUUGCAUAUGUUUUUGCAACUGUUCAGGUAAGAAAGCUAUUCUUUGAUACUCAAUUUUAAUGUAAUCAUU